AAAGCUACAGCUAGUUAGCCGGAAACCCUGAAAACUCUCGUUGGAGCAGAUUAAACUUAACUCUGUAAACCUCUAACAUGGUUCAUAAAGCGCCCAGGACCUACAAAAACAGGCAAUAAACCGGAAAAAGAAAAGAUAAAGUCAGCACGGAAUGCCAAACAGUUGAGAAGACUGAGGAAACAUCGGCUAACUACUGCUAAUGAAGAGCUAUUUGACAUCACAGAACAUUAACAGAAGAAACGAGUCAAAGUGCUGGUGUUGAUCUUUUCAAGACUGAAGUUGGUUGAUGCUGAACAGACAUGCAGCAUGUGUUUGUGAGUAAUGAAGAAGUUCUUCCUGAGCAACAGGAACAGAAUCUGAAUCUGGACCACAAGGACUCAGAACCUCCAAACAUUAAAGAGGAGAGCGAAGAUGAAGAAAAACCACAGUCAUCACAGCUUCAUCAAAGAGAUGAGAGGACAGAGAUGGAGCUUCUUUCCAGCAACUCAACUGUGGACAGAACACUGAAAAUAGAAUCUAAUGAAGAGAACUGUGGAGGAUCACAACCUGCCAAUAACUCAGGUCCAUGCAGUCAGUUACAACCACAUGCUGAUGACAUGCAGCAGUUGUUGGUGUUUGAAGAAGAAAUACAGCAGGAUGGGGAUCUGAAUGUUGACCAGGAGGACAUUAAAGAGGAACUCUGGAUUCGGCAGCAGGGACAGCAAUCUCACCAGGUGGAAGAGGCUGAUAUCACUAAGUCCCCUUUCAUUGCUGUCUGUGUCAAGAGUGAAAAUGAUGAUGAAAAACCACAGUCAUCACAGGUUCAUCAAAACCAAAGUGAUGAGAGCACAGAGGCUGAGCCUGUAUCCAGCAGCUCAACUGCACACAGAACACUGACAGCACAAGCUAAAGAAGGAGCCAGAAACUCAGGUCUCUAUACUCAUUUUCAACCAGAUAGCAAUGGCAAGAGUUCAGACAGUUCUGAAACUGAGACAGACAACAAUUGUGAAUGGAAACAGACCAGAGAUCUACCUUCUGAUUUUAACUGUCAGACAAAUAGUAACGUCUCAGAGGAGCACACAGGAAUGCAAGCAAGUGAAAAGCCAUUUAGCUGUUCUGAGUGUGGUAAAAGAUUUGGAAGGAAGGGCCAUCUUGUUUCACACAUGAUAAUUCACACAGGAGAGAAAACAUUUGGGUGUUUUGAGUCUUGUAACAGAUUUGGAAAAAAGGGCAGUCUUAUUCCACACAUUAGAAUUCAUGAAGGAGAGAAAACAUUUGUCUGUUCUGAGUGUGGAAAAAGAUUUGGACAAAAGAGUGAUCUGACCAAACACCUGAGAAGUCAUACAGGAGAGAAACCAUUUGGUUGUUCCAAGUGUGGAAAAAAAUUUGGGUAGAAGGGUGAUCUGAUCAAACACAUGACAAUUCAUGUGGGAGAGAAAACACUUGUUUGUUCUGAGUGUGGUAAAAGAUUUGGACGAAAGGGCAAUCUUAUUUUA